AUGGCUGCAUCGCAAGAUCGCGACUCCGACUUCUCCGCUGGCGAUGGCGCCGACCUCGCUCAGGCCUUCAAAGACCUCGCUCGAGGCGAGCGCACCGCUUCUGCCAUGGAAGACCAUCUGACCGCCCUCGAGCGCAAAAUCGACGAAAUGCUGGCCCAAGCCAACGCAAACGCAGAAAGCGCGGACCAAAAAGCUCCGGAAGAGGCGUCGUCAGAGCGCAAGGAGGGGACCGCCGAAGGCAAUGGAGGGAAGGAUUCGAGCAGCGCUUGA